GGUGAUGUCACGGGCGCGCCACCCCAUGAGCCAGGAGCCCGGGACUCCAGCUCCGGGAAGCAGGUCGUCGGUCUGUCAGCCUGCUUACCGCGCGACUUCGGGCACAAGGAACGUCUGCGCCACAAACUUGGACGAGAGAGGCUGUAGUGGUCGAGGGCUGCUGAAGAAAGUAGAGGCGGAUAAAGAGUGAGCGACGCCUGAAGGAGACGUCAGCAGAGCGCACCGGAAGCGGUCAGAGAAUGACGAGUGCCGUCUACCAUGCCUUUUCUCAGAAGGAGGCAAAAGAGUUCGACGUUCAGCAGCACAUGGGAGCCCAGCGGGCCGAGGCCUUCGUGAAGGCCUUCCUGAGGCGGAGCAUGCCCCGCAUGAGCCAGCAAGCCCUAGAGGACCACCUGCAACGCAAAGCCGUUGUCCUGGAGUACUUCACUCACCGGAAGCAAAAGGAAAAGAGAAAGAAAUCUAAAGGCCUUUCUGCCAAGCAGAGGAGGGAGCUGCGGCUCUUUGACAUUAAACCAGAGCAGCAGAGAUACAGUCUUUUUCUCCCUCUACAUGAACUCUGGAAACAGUACAUCCGGGAUCUAUGCAACGGCCUCAAACCAGACAUGCAGCCACAGAUGAUUCAGGCCAAGCUUCUAAAGGCAGAUCUUCACGGCGCUAUUGUUUCAGUUACAAAAUCCAAGUGCCCCUCCUAUGUGGGUGUUACAGGGAUCCUUUUACAAGAAACAAAGCACGUUUUCAAAAUUAUCACUAAAGAAGACCGCCUGAAAGCUUGCCACCUGAAACACCACUCAGCUCCUCUAUGUGCAAGAGAAGCCAUGAUAAGUUCCAGCCCUGUGAACAGGACCUUCUGAGGGAGGAGGGCCUGUCCCUGCAGGGCCCCUGCAGGAGAUGUGACAACAUGAUUUGAGCCUGAGGUGGUGUUUGACGCCUAGCCCACAGAAGAUGGGACACCGUGGCCUGGGGACUGGAAACAUGAUUUGCAUUUGCUGUCUGAUAACUCGCAGGGCUAUGGAUUUUGGAUCUGUGUCCUUUCUGUGUGUGAGUCUAUCAUGUGGGUGCUACAUAUGUUUCUGCAAGUUAAGCAUCUCCCUGGAAGUCCUGUUUUCUUGAUGGUAGCUGGGUUGCCCUAACAGCUCUUGCUCAAGGAUCAUGGAUUGAAAGCGAGGAAACUCAAAGUCCUGAGAAAUGGGGCGUGUCACCAACUUUACAGUUUUAAUACCUCCCUCUCAAAAUAUGUGCUCUGUCUCUCUGCCCUGGACUUCCAUGACCAAGAAGUCAGCAGUGCUGUUACUAGGGUGUGAUCACCACAGAUGUCCUCAUCCCCACCCAUGAGAAGCUCUAGCGGGUGUGACAGACAGCGAGUGGUGGGAACGGUUAUCAUGGGGGCUGCAGAGUGGGGUGGCAGGGGUGGGAGGGGAAGCUGGUAGGUCUGGAGGUGGAGCAGGCUUCCCUGGGGACCUGACCUUAUGAUGAGGCCAGAGGGCUGAGCUGGAACCAGGCAGGCAGAGGAACCUCCUACAGAGGAACUGGGGGCAGGCAGAGGGGCGUGGGCAGGGGAAGAGUACUGACCGCAGCCGGAGGCUUUGGACACUGGGCAGGGCAGCGGGAAGCCAGGGUCGGGGGAGGAAAGGAGACAGGGGUGAGGUGGAGCUGGCCGGGGCCAGGCCUGGAAGACCAGCACGGAGGCUGUGCCUGUGAGGGACCAGAGUGCCAGCCUCAGGGAUACACAAAAGCAGGUUUGAAGGGUGCACACAACUCCCCACAGACAAGGCCUUGUGUUCACAAGCCUCCCACACGAGCCACCACCUGAGUCUCCAUUCACAGCCUCAUGACCUGUAAGGUGGAACCUUACAGGCCAAUAAGCAGAGGGUGGCCUCAGCCAGCCAGGCUGUAAGUGGAGGGCUGGAGCACGGCCAGCAGGACCAAGGAGGCAGGAGGAGGCUGCAGGUGGGCUGUCUCGGGCAAGAAAGCGCCAGUGGGCAGGUGGGGAAUGAAGCAGGAACCCCUGGGCAGCAGGAAAUGAAGAGGAAGAUGGGAAAGCUGGACCAAGAACAGGGAGUGGUGUGGGCACUCUUCUGAGAUGUCCUUCCCUGCUUUGGCUCUGUCGCGUAGGCAAGCCACCACCUUUGCAGUGUCUGUGUCCCCAUCUGUAAAAUAAGCGUCACAAAUAAGGCACAGUGAGUAAGAUUUACUCUGUGGGACUUCCCUGGAGGUCCAGUGGUUGAGAAUCUGCCUUCCAAUGCAGGGGAUGUGGCUUUGACCUCUGGUUGGAGAACUAAGCUGCACGUGCCGCAGGGAAAUUAGGCCUCCACGCCACAACUGGAGAGAAGCCCAUGCUUUGCAUCAAAGAGACCAUGUGCCGCAGCGAAGACCCAACACAGUCAAAUAAAUAAUUUAGGAAAGA